GUCAGCGCUACACGAGCACCGAUUGGACAUUGUCUGCGAGCGCGCUUCUGUUGCCACUUUCUUUACCUGAAGCCGACGGAGGAGUGUAAAAUACCCAAUUACAAUGUCGUACGUAAUGCUGGAGUUGCUGUUGUUGCUGGGGUUUGCGGACGCCUCGCGUGCCGAGCUCGUGUUCCGCUGCCCAAGCUGCAGCGCCGAGCACCAGGCGGCGUGUCCCACUCUCACUGCAGAGAACUGCGGCGAGAUCGUGCGUGAGCCGGGCUGCGGCUGCUGCCCAAUCUGUGCACGCCGGGCCGGAGAGCUGUGUGGUGUGUACACACCGCGCUGCGCCAGCGGCCUCCGCUGUUACCCCGAGCCGGACUCGGAGCUGCCGCUAGAUCAGCUAGUGCGCGGCCUCGGUCGCUGCGCACUCAGAGCGGACUCUGAGCCCAGCACGUUGAGCGCUGAACUUAGCGGUGAGGUGCUGGAGCUGCCGGAAGCAGAACAAACUGAAGUCCCUCCAAUCAGAAGGCCCACAAAGGACAGCCAGUGGAUGGGCCCUAAAGAGAGUGCGGUCAUCCAGCACCGGCAGCAGAUGAAGACCAAGAUGAAGUAUAAAACAGAGGAGCCCAAAGCACAACGCAGCAAGCUGAGUCAGUGUCAGCUGGAGCUGGAGCAAGUACUUGAGAGGAUCUCCAAAAUGGCCUUCCAAGACAAUCGUGGCCUUCUGGAGGACCUCUACUCUGUGCACAUACCCAACUGUGACAAGAGGGGCCAGUAUAACUUGAAACAGUGUAAGAUGUCAGUGAAUGGACAUCGGGGUGAGUGCUGGUGUGUGAAUCCCAACUCAGGCAGGCACAUCCAGACCUCCCCAGUGAUGAGAGCUGACCCCAACUGCAGUCAGUACAUCAAUACCUUAGAGAUGGAGACACCUUCAGCACCACAAAACUAAAAGCAUCAAAGAGAAUCCGUACCUGUAGAAUCCCAAAACCCCUGGUGAAGCCGGUGCCUCAUGAUGAUUCCUUCCCUCCAGAUGUUCAGAGGAGGAAAGUUCUUGAAAGCCUCUUGCCACCAUCCUCAGAUGUGGUUAAGCAACUUGGCUCUAAUGCCACUUCACGAAAUUAUGUUAAGCUCUUGACUUAACAUGGAGUAUGGUGGAGGAUGGUGAUGAGAUCUUUGUUUGUUUUCUGAACACCCACCAACAUGCAGGCAAAAAAGCUUCUGACUAUUUGCAAAGACUGCAAACGAUCCUUAAAGCUGCUGUCAGGCGGGAUGGAGUGAAAUAUUUUUCUGCGAACCUGUUGAAACAGUUUCAGUGUGUGUGCUGGAACCAAUCUUUGAUACUGACACUACAGCUUGAAUCAAAAGCAAAGACCUCACUUGACUUUGCUGAGCUGUUAUCCCUGCUCAAAACCGAGGAAAGCAGGUGGGCCAAUAAACUUGAUAGAAAGCAACAUCACAUAGGCAGCCCAAAGCAGAAAGUUUCAAGUCACACUCGUGUUAUCACUGAUGUUUCUGCCUAUACUGACCCCAGGGUGCUAAAAGCUUGCCUAUCUGAAACUGAGGCAUUACGAAAACAAGUGGCCGAUCUGAAAAUGCAAUUAGUGUCUUCUAAGCCAAGAAAGGGGAAUCACAUGAGUCCAAGUUGGCAGCAAGCCCACCUGAUGUGCCUGUUAGAGCAGAGUGUGCAGUCAAUCACACGUAAAACUCUGAAAACUGUGGUUCUGCUUCCAAUGUGGAGAAGAUGGUCACAUCGCUAGACUAUGUGCAGGUUCAAUUAAUAAAGCUCUAGUGGAUCAAAAAUAUAAGGAGCUCAAAGCCAAACAAGAAAAAUGGACAAUGAAAAAUGGAGUGCCUUUAAACUGGGUUGGGGUUCGGUAGUGGGACAUACUGGGGCCCUUUGUAAAUAAGAAAAGUCUCAACUUGCCAAAAAUGGGAAAGGCAGCCAAUCAAGCCCAUUCUAUUGAUUCUGUUAAUUGUGGUCAAACAGUUUCUGGUAUUAUAAGGUAAAAAUGUACUGCUGAGAUUAUCCUUGAAGGAAACUCCUGUAUUUCCGUUCUUGAUUCAGGGUCACAAGUGACAAAAGUGUCAAAGUCUGUCUAUGACACUUACCUGUUCUCUCACCCAAUCCUUCCCCUGGGAAAUCUUAUUGAAGUUGAGGGAGCUGGGGGAAGAUGGUGUCGUAUCUAGGUGAUAUAGAAUUGGGCAUACAUUUCCCUAAAGAAAUUGCUGGAAAAGCUGACACUGUUACUACAUUAGCGUUAGUGGGCCCUGAUUUCAAAUUCAAUCUAAAAGUAAACCAUUUGUCACGUUUCCAGGUAGAUUCGGAAGCAAUCGCAGAUAUACAACAUUGUAUUAAACAAAUAAACAACAAAACAAAGACACUAAGAUAACUUGGCAAAAUACUGUGGCAAGAAACAAAACACAAGGGCACACGGUGGCUUAGCACGCGGAAGAAGAUGGAUGGAUGGAAGAAUGGAUAGUCUAAGACAAACGUAAGACAGAGAAGUAGUGUAAACAAUGGCGAUAUAUAUAAGUGUGCUCAUUAACAGGAAUGUGAUUCAGGUGCAGGUGGUCAUGUGACAUGUUAUAGUACAGUGAUGGGCUGAUGGGAACUGAAGUCCAGAGUUACCUUGAUAUAUGACACCAUUCUUAGUUUUUGUUAUACGUACAUAUACACACAUACAUACAUACAUACAUACAUGGUGUAGAAAAGAAAAACAAAAUUAAAGAGUACAAUCACCUAAACAACCCCCAUCACGGCUAACCAAUAUCUAUAUCCGGUUAUGUAUAUAUUGUAAAAUCCAACAACAAACACAAAAAUUCAAGUGGGAAGUGUCUGUAACUCCAUAAAAUAUUAAAUAAAGGGUUGCCAUUUAUUUUAAAAAAUUAAAUAAAACAACUUGUAAGUACAUCCCCUCAUCGUAUAUUUUACUUUCUCGAGUUUUAAAAAAAAAAAAAAAAAAAAUCAUAUCCUUAAGCCACUGGAAGAUGGAUGGAUAUUUAGUAGACUUCCAAUGCAACUGUAGGUAACGCCUUGCUAUUAGGAAUGUGAAAGCGAUAAUAUCUUUAUGUACAGAGCUUAAUGGAAUCCCAAAUAUAGCAAUCAAUAACCAAGGUUUUAAAUCUACUCUGAGAAUAGUGGACGAUAGUAAAGAAACCAGUCCAAAAACCAUAGAGAUAAGGACCAAAGAAAAACAUAUGACCAAGAUGACAGGGAGAGCCAUGGCAUUUAUCACACUUGUCCUCUACUUCUGGAUAUAUUACAGAAAGUCUCGACUUAGACAAAUGGACCCUAUGUAAAACUUUGAACUGGAUGAGCCCAAGACGAGCACAAGAAGUGGUAGACUGUAUCCUACCUAUAGCACGUUCCCAAUACUCUUCACUUAUUUGUACCCCUUUCCCAUUUCCAUUUCCCAUGCAUUCUUAAUUUUGGUACUCGACUGACUACCUAAAGCCAGAAUAAAAUCAUAUAUUUUAGAAAUCAUUCCUCUCUGAAGUGGAUUGUUUGACAACAAGCUUUCAAAAAGGCUGUUCAGGAGGUGCAGAGGGGAAAUUAGGAAAACAUCUAGAAACAAAAUUUCGAAUUUGAAAAUAACGAAAUAGAUGUGUCACAGGGAGGUCAUAAGUAGAUGACAAAUUGGCAAAGCUAUCAAAGACACCAUCGGCAUAUAGAUUUUUUAAUUGUUUAAUGCCCUUGUCAUACCACACUGAAAAUGUAGAGUCCAUACACGAUGGAGGAAAUAAGUGACUGUUGCUUAAAGGACCCAAAAAGGAUGCACUUACAAAUUUAAAGCGCUGUCUAAAUUGAUACCAAAUCUUAAGGACAACGUGAUAAUCAGUAUAUAUAGAGAGUUUUGUAGGUAGUGAGGAAUAACGUAAAGCAGGUAUAGAGGAUUCCCUACAAGUGAUAGUUCCAAUUUACACCAAGAAGAUCCAGGAGAUUUAACCCAGUAGCAAAGUUUAUGGAUGUGCGCAACCCAAUAAUAGAAUUGAAAAUGCAAGUCCUCCACUCUACAAUACUACUCUGCUAGUCUACAUCUCUGCAAUAAAGUUUAACGAACCCUUGGUGGCUUCCCACCCCAAAUAAAAGAACAAAUUAUUUUAUCCAAUGAAUUGAAAAAUUGUUUUGGCAGAAAAAGAGGAACUAGCUGAAAUAAGAAAAGAAACUCCGGUAAUAUAUUAAUUUUGACAACAUUGAUCCAGCCAAUUAGAGAAAGGGGGGGGUUACCCCAAUUUUGAAUGUUGGAUUUAACCUUUGAGAUAAGUGGAGAGAAAGUAGCUGAUACAAGAUUAGAUAUCACGUAGAUAUCAGAUAUCAACAUAUCACGUUGAUACCUAGGUAUUUAAACCCUGAAUAACUAAAUUGAAAAGGUAGAUCUGACUGUUGGAGAGAAAAUGCUGCAGUAUUGACAGGAAACCAGUCGCUUUUGUACCAAAUUUAAUUUAUAACCCGAGACAAAACCGAAGGUUUCCAGAACACCUAAGACAGCAGGAAUAGAGGCAAUAGGAUCGGUUACAUACAAUAACAAAGCAUAUAGCAAAAAUUUGUAUUCUACACCGUAUCGGACUAUUCCUUUAAAUAAGUGGGAAGUUCUUAAUACUGUAGACAGAGGCUCGAUAGCGACAGCAAAAAGCAGAGGGGAUAACGGAAAACCUUGGCGACACCCUCGUCCGAGAGCAAAAUAAUCAGAAUAAAUAUCAUUCGUAUGAACCCUGGCUUUAGAGGAUGAGUAAAGGAGGUGAAUCCAAGAAAUAAAUUUAUCCCCAAAUCCGAAUUUCCUCAAAACUGCAAACAAAUACUCAAGCCUGUCAAAUGCUUUUUCAGCAUCUAAAGAAAUUACAAUCUCAAGAAGCUCAGCCGAAUGCUUUGAAUAAAUUAUAUUAAAAAGUGUACGGGUAUUGAAAAACAACUGACGUCCCUUUAAAAAACCGUUUUGCUCUUCAGAUAUGAUAUAAGUGAGCACGUUCUCUAAACGAGAUGCAAUUACUUUCGCCAACACCUUUACAUCUGCAUUGAGCAGAGACAGCGGUCUAUAAGAACCACAGGAGGUUGGAUCCUUACCCUCCUUAAGAAGGAGAGCUAUAGUGGCUUGUGUCAGAGUUGGCGGCAAAGACCCACAUUUCAAGGAUUCGUUGAACACGGAUAAAAGCAAUGGUGUUAAAUUCCCAAUAAACGUUUUAAAAAAUUUAAUUGGAAAGCCGUCCGCCCCAGAGGCUGUUAGAUUGCAUAGUUUUCAUUGAAUUUAGAAUUUCUUCAACCGAGAGUGUGGAGUCCAGUUGCUUGGCAGUAUUAGAAUCAAUAACAGGGUUACAAAGGUUUUGAAGAAAUGCAUUCACUUUAGUAUUGUCAGCAGGAAAUUCAGAUUUAUAAAGUGAAAAGUAAAAUGAUUUAAAAGUAGCAUUAAUUUCCAUGGGAUCUGUAGUGACAAUAUUAUAAGUGUAUUAAAUACUAGGUAUGAGACGGGAAGUGGCCUGUCGCCGUAGCUGAUGUGCCAGUAAACGACUAGGUUUGUCACCAUGUUCAUAGUAUGAACCACGAAUAUGUACAACAAGCGCUCUGCCUCUUUAGUCGAAAUAAGAUUCAAUUCUGCUGGUAAGUCGAGACGCUGUUUAAGAAGUUCUGGAGAAGGGUUCAAUGCACAUCUUUGAUCGAGGUUACUGAUCGCAGAUGUGAGUUCAUUAAGUCUAGCCGUGCGCCUUUUAUUAGAGAAAGUGGAGUAAGAAAUAAUCUGCCCUCUGAUAUAGGAUUUAAGUGUCUCCCAUAACAAUGAAUAAGAGGUGUCAUUCUGAUUGAAGAAAAGAAAGUCAUCAAUAGAAGUUGAAAUGAACUCACAGAAUUCAAUGUCAGCCAAAAUAAGAGAGUUAAAUCUCCAAAGUGGCGGGCUAUGUUUAUAAACAGAAUGUUGAAUAUCUAAUUGUAGAGGCGCAUGGUCAGAAAUUUCAAUACCCAAAUAGUCAGAAGAAACUACACAAGAAUUAAGAGUGCUGUCUAUAAAAAAAAUAAUCAAUCCUCGAAUAGGAAUGAUGCACCUGGGAGAAGAAAGAAAACUUUUUAUCAACGAGACCGUUCUGACGCAUAAAAUCGGAAAAUGUUUUAGACAUACCAGAUUGAUUCAGAGAACGGGGAUUAGACCGAUCCAAGUUUGGGUCAAAAACACAGUUUAAAUCCCCUCUGAAAAUCAAGAGGUGAGUAUUUAAAAACAGGAGGUUGCUCAACAAUCUAUUAGCAAAUUCCACAUAAUCAAAGUUCGGAGUAUAUACAUUUACCGACAAAACCUGUCUUUGCAUUAAGGUACCAACAACUAUAAUAUAUCUACCAUUCACAUCAGCAGUAACGUUAGUGGACAGAAACUGUGACUUUUUGCCAAUUAAAAUAGCGACCCCUCCUGCCUUCGAAUUAAAGUUCAAGUGGAGGACUUGACUCACCCAAGGGCAGUGUAACCUAUGAUGAUCUUUAAUACGUAGGUGAGUCUCGUUCAAAAAUUCUAUAUCAGAGUUUAAACUUUUCAAAUGUGUAAAAACCUUAGAUCACUUGACAGGAUUACCCAUACCUCUGAUGUUCCAACUAAUAAAUCUUAGAGGUGUGCCUGUCCCAGCUGUGCUGGGAUCCAUAUUACUAUUAACCAUUUAAAUAAAGUAAACCACAGUUAUACAAAUAGCCAAUUAGAGCUGAAGUGGGACCCCCUCCCCCCAACAAACACCUAAACACACACACUCCCCCAAAGUCUCCAUAUAAAAAAAGAACAAAGGAGACAGCAGUGUUUCCCACAGUAACCAAAAGUUAAUGCCACGAAGUUGACACCUAACCUCGUUAAACGCAGCCCGAUCCCGGACUAUCUUGGCUGUGUGGUUUGGGAAGACUGAAAUGGUCAAAUCUCUCACUCUAAUCCAUUGGAGCUGUCUCGCGUGGGGUAAAAUGUCAACACAAUCACCGUGAUAGUGGAAUCUGCACACAAUAACUCGUGGUCAUUCACCAGGCUUGGGCUUAGACUGAAGGGUCCAGUGGGACCGGUCCAAAACCGGCUCCUGCUCCAGAUCAAACGCUUCCUUCAGCAAGGCCGCUACAGCAGCAGUUGUACAGGUGUCAGGCCCCUCUGGAACUUGCACUAUCCUAAUGUUAUUACGCCGUGACCUAGAUUUCAAGUCCUCACAUUUAUUCUCCAACUUGGUUAUGGUAGCAGUGAGAGACUCGAUAGUAGUGUUCAUCUGAGCUAGGUCAUCGGUACAACCGGAGAGAACAUGCUCCAUUUCCCCAACAGUACCUUUCAGUGUUGAUAUGGUAGCAUCGGUAGCAACUUUAUAACUAACCAGCUGUGUCCUCACGGCUUGCAGGUGAAGCUUGAUAGUAAACAGAGCAUCCCCGAGCGGCAAGGCGGAUUCAGGGGAAGAAGGCAAUGCGCUUGCGGCUGUGGUCGCAGCGUGUACCCUAGGCCUCAGUUGUGUCUGAAUAGUACUACCAGCUUUCAUGUUUUUUCCAGCCAUUUUAACGUAUUUCAAAGUUAAAUGUGCAAACAAAAAAACAGAGUAGAGUAAGUCAAAAUCUAUUGUAUGACCGAAAAUUAAUUACAAUUUUAAUCGAAAUCCGCAGGAGCCUCCAACUUCGCAUCCUGCUCCAUUGGCAACUCAGCAGCGCCCCCCGAUAUUAUCUUUCUAAAAUUCAUACACUAGAUGGUAGAGUACAAAGUGCAUAGUGUAAGAGUAUAGUACGUCAUUUGGGACACAACUUAUUUAGUCUCCAAUGCGUGUUUUGGGAAGAGAAGUAACAGUGAGUAAAUGUGCCCCUUGCCACGCGCAGACCAACUAAUCGACAAUGAGAUUCGUUGACAACGAUUUUUAUAAUAGAUUAUUAUCGAUUUAAUCGAUUAGUUGUUGCAGCUCUAAAAAUCACCUUUGAUUUCAGUGAUUCACCUCUCUCUGAAGAGUGGAGGAACAGAGUUUCAAAAGCACAUAACUCCAUUCCGGAAGUUUUUGCUAUGGGAGAUCUUGAUUAUGGACAUACCACUGUGGUUAAACACCAAAUCCGUCUUUCUGACCCAACCCCUUUUAAGCAGAGGGUAAGGCCUAUUCAUCCUUCAGAUUAUGAGGCUGUCACACUUCAUCUCCAGUAACUUAAAGAAUGCACACAUCAUCUGCGAGGCGCUUGGCAUCCCCUAUAGUAGUCGUAAAGAAGAAAAAUAGUUCCAUUCGACUGUGUGUAUUAUCGAGAAUUGAAUAAUCAAACUAUAAAGGACGUAUAUGCACUGCUCAAUAUUGAAGAAACAUUUUUUACCUUACUUGGAUCUAAAUGGUUUUCCAUUAUGAACUUUAAAUCAGGGUAAUACCAGGUUGAGGUUGAGGAAGAAGAAACAUCAGACAUAUGCGUUCAUAUCACCCAUGGGAUUCUAGGAGUAUAAUUGAAUGGCACAGGGAGUGACAAAUGUGCCAAGCACUUUCCAGCACAUGAUGGAAAUCUAAUAAUUUUCUCUAAUAGUCUGGAGGAACACAAAGAACAUCUGAAGAAAGUUUUGACCAGACUGAAAGAAUUUGGCUUAAAGUUGUCACCAGGCAAAUGUCUAUUCUUUAUGAAAUCAGUUAAGUACUUGGGCAUAUAUCCUCUGAAAGCAGAGUAGAGACUGACCCAGAUAAUAUUUUGGCGCUUACUACUUGGCCAAAACCCUUGAAUAUCAUAACAUGUACAACAUAAUAAAAAUGAACAGUAUUUGACAGUAAUUAUUAUGUUUAUGUUUAUGAUUGACAUAUAAUAGCUUAUGCCUGUUAAUGAGGUCUAAAAUGUUACUACAGUUGAUAUUGGCAACAGUGAAGCAUCUAUCUCAGUGACCUCAUUUACAUGGACAGCAGUAAUCUAAUUAUUGGCCUUAUUCUGAAUAAGACAAUAUUGCGAUUAAGGUGUUUACAUAAGUUGAUUUUAGAAUAUUCCUUUCAUGUUCCCGUUUUACACGUUAUAGAACAUAGAUCGAUUAAUGGCACACGUCAUUGCGUCCCCAUGCCACGCCGUCCGACGUUCUCUCCAGAAAUUCACGUAUCAACAUACAGUUCGUCUUCAUUAUGGUACUAUAUAGUUUUUGAUGUUUCAUUUUUAAUUUUAUGAAAGCUUCAAGUGCAGUUAAUUAUUAGUCAUGCUGUACGUGCAAAUAGAUGACUGCUUGAAGCCGUGGGCUACAUCCGAAACCACAUA